AUGGAGGGCUGGCGGGCCCGCGUGUCGUGGGAGGACGCAUGGUACAACAUGUACUCCCGUCUGCUGCGCACCAAGCCUGUCGGGGCCAUGAGCCAGGGCGCCGAUGACCUCACCGAGGUCACCGAGGGGUCAGGGGCCGGACUGGCCAAGGUCCUAACCACUGUGGACCUGGUGUCGCUCGGGGUGGGCAGCUGCGUCGGCACGGGGAUGUAUGUGGUUGCUGGGCUGGUUGCCAAGGCAACAGCAGGACCAGGGGUCAUUCUGUCUUUCAUCAUCGCAGCGCUGGCAUCUAUUCUGUCAGGAGUGUGUUACGCGGAGUUUGGCGUGCGUGUGCCGAAGACCACAGGCUCCGCCUACACCUACAGCUACGUGACGGUUGGGGAGUUCGUGGCGUUUUUCAUUGGCUGGAAUCUGAUCCUGGAGUAUCUGAUUGGCACGGCCGCGGGGGCGUCGGCCCUCAGCAGCAUGUUCGACUCUCUGGCCAAUCACAGCAUCAGCAACUACAUGAUAACGCACCUGGGCACGCUCCGGGGCCUCGGGACGGGAGAAGACACCUACCCCGACCUGCUGGCCCUCUCCAUUGCCCUGCUGGUCACCGUGAUCGUGGCUUUGGGUGUGCGGAACUCGGUGGGCGUCAACAAUGUGCUCAACAUGGUCAACCUGGUGGUCUGGGUCUUCAUGGUCCUCGCUGGACUCUUCUUUGUCUCUGCCAGCAACUGGGAAAGUGGAAGGUUCCUUCCCUUUGGCUGGUCAGGGGUGAUGAAGGGGGCGGCCACCUGUUUCUACGCCUUCAUUGGCUUCGACAUCAUCGCCACAACAGGGGAGGAGGCUAAAAACCCCAACACCUCCAUCCCUUACGCCAUCACCGCCUCUCUGGUCGCCUGCCUCACUGCCUAUGUGUCUGUGAGUGUGAUUCUUACCCUCAUGGUUCCCUAUGAUCAGAUUGAUGGUUCGGCUCCUCUGAUGGAGAUGUUUGCGGUGCACGGCUUCAUGUGGGGGAAGUACACGGUGGCCGUCGGCUCCAUAGCGGGACUUACCGUCUCUCUCCUGGGCUCCCUUUUCCCCAUGCCCAGGGUGAUCUACGCCAUGGCCAGGGACGGACUCCUCUUCAGGUUCCUGUCCCGCAUCUCGUCGUUCACGCACACGCCCAUGGUGGCGUGUGCAUUGUCGGGGAGCUUGGCGGCCCUCCUCGCCCUGCUGGUUAGCCUGAGAGACCUGAUCGAGAUGAUGUCCAUCGGGACCCUGCUGGCGUACACACUGGUGAGCGUGUGCGUGCUCCUGCUCCGCUACCAGCCCGACGAACAUGCUGACACGCACCAGUUCACCUCCCGGGUCCAAGAGGAGGGGGGUGGGGCCGACCCGAGCUACCACGAUGAUGGCGCCAUCCCCACCAAAGAUGACCAGAUGCUGAUUGGAGGAUCUGGCCAGGAUGGUGGCUCCUCUUAUCACUCCGGCGGGACCAAGGGAGACAGCGACGACUCAGCUUUUCACACCGGCCCCGCUCCCCUCCUGAAAAGGCUCCUGGGCAGUCACUACUACACUCUGCGAGUGCGCCUGGGAAUCCCCGACGCGUCAGCCAGGCCUACCCCUGCUACGGGCCGCACGGUGACCAGAUGCACCCUCCUCCUCUUCAUCCUGUCCUUCCUGCUCUGGAUCACUGUCAUCUUCGGGGUUGAACAGGGAGCGGGGGCGGGGGUGGUUGUUUCGUUGCUCUUGGCCAUGCUAAUGGCUGGUGUCAUGGUGACGCUGCUGGUCAUCAUACUUCGGCAGCCGGAAAGUGGGCGGAGAUUGCCCUACAUGGCGCCCUGUGUUCCGUUCGUACCUGCAGCAGCCAUAUUUGCCAACACCUAUCUCAUGCUCAAACUGUCUCCACUCACCUGGAUCAGAUUCACAAUCUGGUGUAUCAUAGGUCUGCUAAUCUAUGUCUGCUAUGGGGUGUGGAACAGCACGCUGGAGCUGAAUGCCCGUGAGGAGCAGGCGCAAGCCAGCUCCUACCAGCGCUACGACGACCACAUCGAUGACGGCUUCGCCCCCGAAGACGACCUCUACCCACAAGAGCAGGAGGAAGACAGGCCCUACCAGGGCUGGUCCGCCCCAGAGGAGAGGGGCUACCACCAGCAACACGACCAGUACCAGGAUGGGGACCAGUUUGAGGACCAAAAUGAAGACCAGUACCAGAGCCAAUACAAGCACAGUGACCACGGUAAUGAAUAUGGCUACCAGUCCGGACCCACAGGUCAAUUCUCCUCCAGGGGUAGCAAGUCAAGGGGACGAGCCAAUCACGGCUUUGAUGCGGGGGAAGAGGAGGAUUAA